ACAUACUUCCAUCAAUCAACACACACAAUGGACGGAGUCCGACUUAGAGAGUCAAGCUUACUGGGCAAUUUUCAAGAUAACUCAGAGAUAUCACAACCCCAGACACCCCCAAAGAAGUCUACAUACGAUAUCAACGACAUUUCCCCGGAUGCAGCGAUUGACAUCCUCGACCGGGUGGUGGCGAAGAUGAUUGAAGAAUCGGAAAAGGAAGCAGAUUCAAGAGAGAUGGAUAUCAAACACGAGCUUGAAGAUGCUAUGAACCACGAGGAUAACCACCCCAAGAAGCACCAGCGGUCUCUUUCUAAGAACAACCUUAGCUCGGUGUACACCAGCAACAACCCCUCCUUAGAUAGCCUUGCCAGCCGCGAACCGCCCUCACCAGACAGCCCUGUCAACCACGAACCGUCUCCACCAAACAGCCCUGUGAUGAGCCCGAUACCGACGAAGGCAAUGCAGAAUCGAGCGCUAGGCAAGCGCUUUCAGUUGAAGUCCCCGCCGCCGUUGCCUAUCCUAGACUACCUCAAGCGGAUCAACAACUACUGCCCACUAUCCACCUCUGUCUGCCUUGCAGCAUCAUACUACUUAUACACGCUUCAGAUGAAGCCCGACCCGGCGAUCCACUUGAUGCGAAAUAACGCUCAUCGCUUUGUCCUAGCAGCGAUCCGGUUGGCGAUGAAGAGCAUCGAAGACAUGUGCCACAAGCACAAAUUUUUCUCCCAGGUCGGAGGAGUGAGUACCACUGAAAUGUUUCGUACCGAGGUGGGUCUACUUUUUCUAAUGGAGUUUAACGUGGUGAUUACAGAGGACAAGCUAGAGUCGUACUUGGAGGAGGUGAGUGAGUUUAUUGGUGGGAUCACUAUCGAGAAAAAGUCUCGGGAAGAAGCGCUGCCGGAAUAAACUCUGGUGAAGUUUAAAUGAAAUUAGAGAAUUAUUUAGAAUGCCAAGUCGUAUCUAGGGGUGACUAUAUUUGCACUCCGGCUUUAAUACAACCAAAUAUACAAAACCCCUCCCCGCGAAAGAGGAUGGUUGUAAGUGGCGGUCUAAAUCCGAGCA